AUGACUCACGAAGGCACCAAGAAGACUUUGUUAAUUGAAGUCGAAGCCUUAUACAACAGCCAAGACAGGACCAGGAGAGACCAGGCUAAUGCCUGGCUACAAACAUUUCAGAAAACGGUAUUGCUCGUGCUCACUGAUUGGAAAAGGAAAUCUCAACUAUAUUUUUCUGACAAUUUUACUUUUAUUCGUUUUUUAUGUGAUUUAUCAAUUGAAAAGGCAGAAGCAUGGACAAUAACUGACCAGUUGCUGAGAGAACCUAAUAUUACUGAUUCAGCACGAUACAUAGCAGCACGAACACUGCGGCAAAAGAUUACCCUAGAUCUUCAUCAGCUCGACGCAGCAGCCAGCAUAUCUCUACGCGACUCAUUGCUUGCAUUACUAUACGAGUAUCGUGCUGGUCCCCGUUAUAUAAUUACUCAAAUAUGCGUUUCUCUUGCUGCGCUGGCACUUCAAAUGUCUGAAUGGCGAGACGUACUGCCGCAAAUCACUGAUUUAUACGGAAAGAAUCCAGAGACUAUUAACUGUUUAUUAGAACUCUUGAAAGUUCUUCCAGAAGAGAUCAACGAGAAUAAGCGUAUACCUAUUUCGAGCGAGGAUUAUCAUGUGCGAUCACGAGAACUUCUGACCGACAACGCAGAACAAGUGUUGCAAUUGUGUCUGAUAUAUCUUCAGAACUCGGGACCAAAUACAAGUGAUCAGAAACGCGUGUUUGAAGUCCUAUUAAGUUGGCUUUAUUCGGGAGAUAUUGCUAUUAGUGCUCUGGAAACAAGUCCUCUGCUGGAAUAUACUUUCAAGGCUCUAGACUCUGAAGAGCUCUUUGAUACGGCUGUUGAUGUAGUAUGUGAGGUUCUCCUAGCAUCCCAGGACUUUAAUGACUGUAUGCCAGUAAUUGAGAAGAUAUAUCCAAUGUUGGCUGCGUUGAGCGAGCCACUUAAGAAAGCCGUGGUUGAGGAAGAUGAAGAAGAUAACGUUCGCGGCUAUUGUCGGAUAUUUACACAAGCGGGCGAAUCAUAUCUGCCAUUAGUUGUACGGCAUCCGGAAGCGUUCCAGAGCAUCGUUGAGGGCAUAGGGAUAUGCACAGCUUACAAUGAUUUAGAGAUUGUUAAAAUAACAUUUAACUUCUGGCAUCGAUUGGCUGACGCUCUCGACUAUGAGCAAAACGCGAACAUUCUCAAAGAAAUAUAUUCUAAUCUUGUUGAUGUAAUGAUUAAACAUUUACAUUAUCCUAAAUCUCUGUCUGACUGGACAGCAGAGAAGCGCGACGAGUUUAGAGAAUUUCGCCAUGUGAUGGGUGAUGUAUUGAAGGACUGUUGUCGAGUCUUAGGGUCACAAGCUUGCCUAUCGAAGGCUUAUUAUAAGUUAGACCAACAUUUAAGAAAUACUGCCAACGGAAGUGCAGUCGACUGGCAGGAAAUAGAGGCGCCCCUAUUUUCAUUACGAGCAAUGGGAUCAGAGAUUGAGGAAGGCGAAAACGUUGUUUUGCCUCAAAUCAUGUUUUUAUUGCAACAAUUGCCUGACCAUCCCAAAAUCCGAUAUGCCGCGACAUUGGUUGUUGCUCGGUAUUCCUUCUGGACGAAGACACAUCCAGAGUUGAUUGAUUAUCAAUUGACUUUUAUUACAGGUGGUUUCGAUAACGAUGAAGUUGCGGCCGCGUCUGCGCUAGCAUUCAAGUUCUUAUGCAAGGACUGUAGUGAGCUAUUAAUAGACUACCUACCUCGCCUAAUACCAUAUUACUUUAACCUAAUCAAAAAGCUCCACGGAAUGGAUAUGCUUGAAGUAACGGAAGCUGUAUCGCACGUUAUAGCUGCAGUGCCAUUCCCCAAACUAUCCGAACCCGUUAACCUCUUUUGCCAUCCGAUGGCUCAGCGACUGCAGGAAAUAGCUGCGAAAGGUCCGGCCGCAAGCGAAUCCGAGAUUAGGGAAGCAUGUGGUAGGGAUUUAUUACCAGAUAUGAAGUAA